GCUGAUAUGCGCCGAGCUUUUGAAGGGAGGAAGAGAGUUCCAUUGUGCGGUGGAUGGUCGACGCGUCUCAUAGCAUGUGAAUUUGGAGUGAGCUGGAUGCAAGCGACAGCGCUUGUCUAUCCUAAACUUUCUCUCCCUCCAUCUCGAUCUCCAAUUUGCGGAACAUAUUUUUGAGGAGCUGAGAGGACAGAAGACAUGGUUGAUACUACCCAGUCUUGGCAAAGAUGUUAUCCGGGUCAAGAACUUGCUUCAAAUGGUCGCCUUCACGGAUGGUGCCCAGUGGGAGGCCACCAGUCCAAAAGUGCAACCUGUACAAAUAACGUUGGAUAUAUCGCACGACAUCAGUCGUACAGCAGAAACUGAUGACCUGGUAUACUCUAUUGACUACUCGUCCAUCUGCAAAACUAUCGUCGCAAGUUGCGCAGGGGAGCACUUCUCUUCAUUGGAGUCAUUACAUGAUUACAUCCGAGAUGAAUGCUUCAAGGCACAUCAAGAGAUUCAGCAGCUUGGUCUGUGUAUCCUGCGGCCGAGAGGGUUGUUAUACCCAGCCAUCACCGCCAUUCAGACCACGGCCACAAGGACAGGGUCAAGCUCGCACUCGCCUGACGAACGGCUCUAUGUCUCCAACUUGGAGAUACGUACUAUAGUCGGGAUCAAUGAGUGCGAGAGGGAGGAGGCUCAACUAGUGCGUUUCGACCUGACCUUCCAUAGAUCAAGUCAUCGCAGAUAUGCGUUCCCUUUCCGAAAUACAGAGCGGAGAAUUCGUGCGGAUGUCGCCAAAUCAUCGUAUCUUACCUUGGAAGCUCUGGCAUCCUUUGUCGCUCAACUGUGUCUUGAAUCUUUGCAAGACGACUGCGAAUAUGUCACUGUCAAGGCAUCCAAACCAAGUGCUCUAAUCUGUGCCGAAGCUCCCGAGGUCGAGAUUACUCGUACACUACGUGAUGGUGAACUAGUGCCCUAUACUUCUGAAGAUCUCAAAAUCGAUGUAGGAGUGACAUCCACUUCCGCUCCCAAAUCCAAUACCACUUUCCAAAUUGGCCCCGAUCAACUUACUCUUGCUGGGGGAUAUGCUCAGUCUGACGAUUCCAAACACUUGGCUGCUAUCGCCAUUGGCUCAAACCUUGGUGAUCGAUUUGUCAAUAUUGAAGUUGCUUUGCGUCUACUGGAGACUCAUGGCGUUCAUUACAACCGUCUGCCGGAAGAUGCAAAUGUCACAAUCGUAGACACCAGCUUCAUGUACGAAACCGAACCAAUGUAUGUUACCGAUCAACCCAAGUUUGUCAACUGCGCUUGUAUGAUUGAGACAAACUUGUCGCCUCUGGAACUCCUGACGCUGUUAAAGAGGGUUGAGACCAUGGUGGGACGGGUCGCGUCCUUCCGUAAUGGGCCUCGUGCCAUUGACCUUGACAUCUUACUGUAUGACUCUCGGAUCCUGGAUACACGCCCAGUUGAUGGGAGGACCUCCGAAGAUCUUGAGGGUCACCUUGUGAUCCCACACCCAAAGAUGCUCGAGCGGGAGUUUGUGCUUCGACCUUUGAACGACAUGGUACCAGAUUACGUCCACCCCGUGUCGAAGCGUCCAAUUCAUGACUUGCUCUCCGAGACCCUGUCAAAGCAGAAGGAUCCUCAGGUAACACAUAAAGUCACACCAUUCCCCCAAUACCCUCUUUCGGCACCGCUAUCGCAUGGAGAGACAUCACAUCUUCAUAAUAUACCCCAUGUUCCGCCAACAGCAACGUAUUGGAAGUUCCCGGUAUCCUGCUCGUCGGCUCAGAGGACGUAUAUUAUGGGUACUUUGAACGCUACUCCGGACUCAUUCUCAGACGGGUCCGUCAAUAAUACGAUUCCUGCAGCACUCGCCUAUGCGCAGUCUGCCAUCCAGGGUGGUGCACAUAUUAUCGACAUUGGUGGACACUCGACUCGUCCAGGGGCAGCGUUCGUCUCGGCGGAUGAAGAGGCGUCUCGUGUGGUACCGAUCAUUCAGGCUAUUCGAUCCUACGAGUCCCACACUGAGGCUCAAGGGCCUGAAUCCGCUGCUGUUCGGCAUACACUCAUCAGCGUGGACACCUUCCGAUGGGAGGUAGCUGAACGUGCAAUCAAAGCUGGUUCGAACUGCAUUAACGACGUAUAUGCAUUCACAGGCCCAGAGUACCCAGUUGGCCAGACAGGGAAGGCUCAUUUUCAAAGGAUGUGCCAAGUCGCUCGCGACCUCGCUGUUCCUGUCAUUCUGAUGCACUCUCGAGGAGAGGCAUCCGCUAAUAAGGAUUACUCUGCAUACGAGUAUGCAUUGGACUCACGUGGCAGGGGAGCGUUUGUGGAAGGUGUUAAGAUAGAACUUGGAGGAAAAGUGGACGCUGCUGUCAAAGGCAAGGGUGGUUUGAGACGAUGGUUCGUCAUCGUUGAUCCGGGCGUUGGUUUCAGCAAAACAGUAGAAGGCAACCUGGAAGUUCUUCGGAACGCGUCUUCUAUUACCGGAGACAAAGCAACAACAAAUGGGUCUCGGAAUGCACUUUAUGGCUAUCCACAACUUAUCGGUGCUUCAAGAAAAUCGUUCCUGGGGACCAUCCUGCGACAACCUGACUCAGAAGGUCUAUAUGCAGGAAGAGAGACACAACCGGUGGAACGAGGUUGGGCAACUGCGGCAGCUGUGGCAUGUGCUGUUCAACAGAGGGCUGCUAUCGUCAGAGUGCAUGAUGUCCUCGAGAUGGGGGAUGUAAUCCGCGUGUCAGACGCUCUUUGGGCUUGAUGAGAACUGAGGGAAGGUUAUAUGACUUUAUCAACCUCGUUAAACUUGUUCUUUCUGCAGCUAGAGACUAACGUUGGAGUAGUGAGGACGAAGGAGAAGGGUUGAAGGCGUACUAAGACAACUUCCUGUUUGGGACGAACACAGAUAGAUUAGUCAGCGUAGUUCAACCAGUCAGAACCUGUAGCCUAGGAAGGCGGAACAACAACGACGAGCAUAACAGUCUACGAUACCACUAGUCCAACGUACAAUUACGAACAAUUUUUGGUAUUUGCGAUUUUGACAAGGAAAUUAAGACACAUGAAUAUGAGAGGAUUGUGGGUCCAUGUUGACUUACACUCUCCGGCCCGUCGUUCUAUACCUCGCACGACAUCCUCAAUCGAAGGCAAAUCGAGGGAUGCACUCUGGCCGCAGUGCUAGAAACGAUCGAAAAAAAUCCAGAUACGAUCAGGAGAGGGAUGCAGCUGUCGCUUAUGGGUACACGACAUUGUAUGAUUAUUACGCUGGAGUACUGUACUGUCGUGACCUGUUCCGAUGUGGAAGAAUUCGAGGAAGAGGUGAGGGAGCAGGAAUCAAUGGCGCUCAAUGACAAGGAGAAGGGCUGUCUUCGAUAUGGAGUGAUUUCAUGGUUUAGACUGCUGUGAGCUUGCCGGGACGUACUAGCUCUCUGUCAGAAAGGUUUGUGACCAGGACAAUGGGGAUUGAGUAGUAUGAUUGAAAGCCGAGGUUGAAUUGAACCUUUAGAAUUGUUAUUUCUUCGUUCUCCACCUACACCGCAAUAUAUCAAGCUCUGUGCAUCUCGCUCUUGAGCAUAUGUUAUAUCACCGUGCCCACGUCC